AUGACUGAACGGUUACCAAAUCCGAAUCCAUACCUAAGUGCUAGCAAAUGGUCGCAAUUAUUUUAUGGAUGGGUAUCUCCUCUCCUCGCACAAAGUCGAAAAGAGGGCACACUUCAAAUUACCGAUCUCUACAAUCUUCCUCCUCAUCUUGAAUCUACAAUACUCACCGAUAAACUCGAAACUAACUGGUUUGACGAAAUUAAACGGAAUCCAGAGAAACCGAGUCUAUUUCGAGCCACACUACGGACCAUGAGAUGGAAACCACUUCUGCUCGGACUACUACUUCUUGUCAAUGAAUUGUUAAAUAUCGCUCAGCCACUUUUGCUCAUAUUUCUCAUGGACUUCUUCGAGCCGUGUUCUGCAAUGUCCGCUUGGCGCGCAUGGUUCCUAGCCAUUAGUACAGUUUUUGUAGCAUUUGUGUCCAGUAUUAUUUUCAAUCAGAGUUAUUAUCAAAUUUUAUCCCUGGCCCUACAAAUGCGUAUUGCUUACACUGGUCUUGUUUUUCGAAAAGUGCUUCGUUUGUCGAGUUACUCCAUGAACAAUAUCAGUUCCGGUAAAAUCACGAACAUUUUAUCAAACGAUGCCAGUCAAAUUGAAACGGUUCUUAUUUUCCUCAAUUAUUUGUGGCUGUCUCCACUUGAAAUUGCUCUUGUGGUCUACUUCUUCUGGUAUUUCGUCAAAUACGUUGCUUUGAUUGCCAUCGGAUAUACCCUUGUGCUCCUAGCCAUUCAGACCAUCUUCAGUCGCAUAUUCCUCCAUUUUCAAAAUAAAAUUUUGCAAGUAACGGAUGAACGUGUAAAAAUGAUGUCUGAAAUAAUCAAAUCGAUGCGUGUCAUCAAAAUGUAUUGUUGGGAAUCGGCGAUCGAUAAGAAUAUUUGUCACGUGAGAAAACGCGAAAUCAUUCAAUAUGCCUGUCGUUCAAUACUCGACUGUAUUCAACUGUUCUUUGCCGUUGCAUCCUGCUUGCUUACCUAUAUGCGAUCACCUAUCGUCGAGUUUUUUAGUAUGGGUGUCAAAGCUUUCGUUCAUUAUAUGGCUGCUCAGAAACGGAUUCAAACAUUUCUUCUGCUUGGUGAAUCUGAACGAGACAAACGAUUAUUGUCCCGAUCGGAAACAGAGCUUGCGUCCGAUGAGCAGAACGGACAAAUGAUGCUUCGGAGUACUCCAACAAUAUCGCCAAGUGUUGUAUGCAAUUUGGAACGAGCACAAUGGGAAAUGAAUGCAUCAUUUUCUCUCGACAGUAUUGUAUUCAAUGCUCAUCCAGGUGAUUUAAUCUGUAUAGUUGGACCCGUUGGAUCUGGCAAGAGUUCUCUCUUGCAAACACUUACAGGUGAAAUCUCCUUUUUCGAUGGGCAUGUCCGAUUGCACGGUUCAUUUUGCUACGUACCACAAGAAUCAUGGAUCUUUUCUUCGACGAUUAAAAAGAAUAUUCUAUUGGGCAAAGGCUAUGAUCCACAGUUGUUUCAACGUGUUGUUCAAGCAACUGCACUUGAUUCCGAUUUUGCUCAAUUAUCAAACGGAGAGAACACUCUUGUUGGCGAUCAAGGCGCCAUGUUAUCGGGUGGUCAAAAGGCACGAGUAAAUAUGGCUCGAGCACUCUAUCGAAAUGCGGACAUUUAUCUUUUGGAUGAUCCUCUUUCGGCCGUCGAUGUCAAAGUAGCCAAACAUCUCUUUGAAAAAUCAAUUAAAGGUUAUCUCAGAGAGAAAAUUUGUAUUUUGGUCACACAUCAAAUUCAAUAUUUGCAAAAUGCAACCAAGAUCAUUCUUCUUUACAAUGGCGAAAUAGCAAGUAUGGGUACCUACAAUGAUUUACUUACCUCAUCCUUAUUAUUCUAUCAUCUACUCGACGAUAUGCAUCAACACGAGCAAGAGCAGUCUGUCGAUCUUCAUCAUGAACAUGAACAAGAGCAUCCUGUCGAUCUUUGCCGUCAACGAUCAAUUAUCAAUUCAACAAGUCCGGAGAUAGAAGAAGAGUUUUUGGUGUUGUCUACAAGUGUUGAAACAAAACAAAAAGGCAGAUUAAAAUGGCAUGUGUAUGCUGCAUACGUGCGAGCCGGUGCUGGCAUUGUUGUUGGCUUUCUCCUUGUACCGCUCGUUUUGGCGGUACAACAAACAGCAUAUAUUUUUAGCAAUUGGUGGUUGGCAGCGUGGAAUGAUGACGAAAGUUAUCGACAUCAAAUCUUUGACAAUUGCACGAUUGGUCAACAACACAACACAAUAUGGUCUAUGACUGAUGCUGAAUGGAAUAAUUAUCGAAAUCGACGAUUCUACAUCUAUUGGGGAAUUAUACUCAUUUUUGUUUUGAUUACUCUCUUCCGCACUGCUGUCAUCGAAUUGAUGUUUUUAAAUGCUGCACGAGUGCUUCACAACAAGAUGUUUCGACAACUGAUUCGAGCCCCUAUUGUUUUCUUUGAUACAAAUCCUGUCGGCCGGAUCUUGAAUCGUUUCACUAAAGAUGUGGCCAUCAUGGAUGAUUCUCUGCCAACCGAUGCUUUUGACUUUCUCGAUUGUUGUUUUCAAGUUUUCGGCGUAGUUGUCCUAGUGUGUUGGCUCCAUCCAUGGUCCAUCAUUCCUGCGCUAAUUUCUAUCGGGGGCCUGUUAUUUGUACGCUAUCAUUUUGCGUCAACUUCUCGUGAUUUGAAACGACUCGAAGGUAUUACACGAAGUCCUGUCUAUUCUCACUUAACAUCGACUAUUCAUGGUCUCAAAGUUAUUCGAUCCUAUCGUGCUGAAGAUAUGUGGUCGGCCAAUUUUCUAGAGCGUCUGGAUGAUAAUACACGAGCAAACUAUCUAAUCAUCGCAACUAAUCGUUGGGCUGCGAUCCGCUUCGAUUGGGUUGCACUUAUCUUCGUCAGUCUAGUAACAUUGCUUGCAAUGGUUCUACGUGUCACUAAAUAUCACCAUUUUUCACCGGCCGAGAUUGCUCUCGUUCUCUCAUAUAGUCUCAGCCUCGUGGCUUUGCUGCAAUGGACAAUAAGACAAUCUGUGGUAAUUGAGACACAAAUGACCUCCGUCGAACGUGUACUCGAUUACUGUUCUCUCGACCAGGAACCUCCAGCUCAAGUGCCGCACGAUCUUCGGCCGCCAUCAAAUUGGCCAUCCCAUGGUCAAAUCGUCUUUGAUAAUGUUUCAAUGCGUCAUUCCACACAAACAUACUUACCACUAGAUUUGCGUCAUAUUUCGAUGACAAUCCAAGGUGGUGAAAAAGUAGGCAUUGUCGGAAGGACGGGUGCCGGUAAGAGCUCUCUCAUUCAAACGCUCUUUCGUAUGGGCACACUUGUUGAUGGUCAAAUCAAAAUUGACAAUAUUGAUAUCGCUUCUGUUGGCUUGGACGAUGUUCGACGUCGCAUUUCAAUAAUUCCACAAGAUCCUGUGCUUUUCACGGGUACUAUGCGAAGCAAUCUCGAUCCGUUCAUGGAUUAUUCAGAUGAGGAAAUAUGGCAUGCGCUCGAACAGGUCCAAUUAAAAACACUAGUGACCGAAGGAAUGCCGAAUGGACUUCAUUCGAUGGUGAGCGAAAGCGGUUCGAAUUUGAGUGUCGGCCAAAAACAACUCGUAUGCUUGGCUCGAGCUAUUCUGAAACAGAGCAAAAUACUUGUCAUUGAUGAAGCCACUGCCAAUGUCGAUAAUGUCACGGAUGGAUUAAUACAACGAACCAUUCGUGAGAAGUUUAGCGAAUGUACAGUUCUGACUGUGGCUCAUCGUCUGCGGACAGUGAUCGAUAGUGAUCGCAUUCUGGUACUUAAAUAUCCAUGGUUACGUCUUCCACCCACACCUCAACUUCCUUAUCCUCAUCAUGGUCAAUAUGCACAGAUCAAUAAUAUCAGCAUAUGGUAUACUAUUUAUGGACCAGAAAAUGGUGCGCCUGUUCUUUUUCUUCAUGGCGGACUUUCAAAUAGUGACUACUGGGGUCUACAAGUUCAACAACUUCAAAGUACUUACAAAUGUAUUCUAAUGGACUCUCGAGCACAAGGUCGAAGUUCAUCAUCGUCUGCCAAUAUUACAUACGAUUUGAUGACUUCAGAUGUUGUUAGUCUACUUGAUUAUCUUGGUCUAAGCAAGGUUCAUCUUGUUGGCUGGAGUG